AGGAUUAGCUUCUUAAAGCUCUCGAGUCUCUCUCUAAGUAGUCUAAACCUAAUAUCGCGAAAACUACGCGAGAAUUCGCGCACCGCUAGAAAGAAGGAAAGUCGCUUUUUUAAUAAUAACCUAAUAGACUAUAUCGACUACUUUAAUACGGUCGGAGCCUCGAUAAACCGCCUAACUACUAGUUAUAACGCUUCCUUAAACGUAAUCCUAAGUACUAUAUAUAAUAACGGUGCUCGCUACACCCGAUAUAAUACUUCUCAGCGCUAUACCUAG